UUCCUCUCUUUCGUGCUGGGCCUAAUGUUAAUUUGGGGUCAAGCUUAUGCCAACGUGUUAGCAUGUUUCCACUUGUAAGUACUAUCACAUGUGGGUUAUCUUAAAAAAGCACUUAUCUCCUAAGCUAAUUAACAUCACUCUAACUUCCAACAGGAUACAGGCUGUCGCGUUCACCAUGCUGAAACUAAAGCCACCACAUGAAAACCAACGUACUUCCACUGCCGCCUGUAAUAUUAGAAUGGGAUUACACCAAAUAGAAAAAAAAAUGUGUUUACACUUUCGUCAUUGCAGAAUUUAUAAUGCUUAGAUCUAGUCUUCCCAUAUAGAUUAAUUCAUUGUGUUUUCAUGAGAAAUAUUUGAAGCAAAACCCACAAAUGUUGACCCUUUGUCAACUGUUUACAAAAAGGCAGAUGAACAAUAGUGAUAUUGCCUUACUCAAUUAAAAUUGAACAUAAAGGGCCAAUAUAGUAUGUUGAGAUGUCUGUAAAGACCUGAAAUCUAACAACAAAAUAUACUGAAUUAAAUAUGUUAAUACAUUGUAUUAUAUGUUGAAAUAUUAGUAAGUGUAAACAAUACAGGAGAUGUAGUAGACACCUGUGGGAGUGGUGUAUUUUGAGUUUCUUCCCCUGAGCUCAGUCUACCUGAACCAGUUAAACAAAGGGUUAACUGUAGGUGUUCCCACUUCCCGUUUACUCCCGCCAUAGUGACUAAUCUGCCUCACUCUCCCUUCACUACCAAAGAGCUCUGGACACUAAGAGCAAGGUUCUGUACAUAGUCCUGUAUGUAAACACUGGACAACUCAGAUUUCCUCUGUUUGUGGAUAUAGACUUUGGAAGUUUAAGGAUUUAUUUGUGGAAGUUAUUCCAUUGUUUUUCCAGAGGCUGAAGCCGCUAUUUAAUCGUCACAUAUUUCAGUGAAGCAAAAUUUUCUUCAGUCAGAAUGGAGCUCCAGAAAAUGAAUGGACACAGCAAAGAAGAAAGUUUUGAUGGCCUUGAAGCCAUUAAUGCAGAACGAGAAGAAUUUCUACCUCAUAAAACUGAUAGCAAGAAAGAAUCACAAUUUACAGAUUUUGAAGGAAAAACUUCAUUCGGAAUGUCGGUCUUUAACCUCAGUAACGCCAUUAUGGGCAGCGGAAUCCUGGGACUGGCUUUUGCCAUGUCCAACACCGGAAUAAUUCUUUUCAUAAUCUUGUUGAUCUUCAUUGCCAUUUUGUCAGCAUAUUCCAUCCAUCUGCUGUUGAAAAGUGCAGGGGUUGUUGGCAUCCGGGCCUAUGAGCAGCUUGGGAACAGAGCUUUUGGUGCUCCAGGGAAAAUGUUAGCAGCUGUCAUUAUUACUGUUCACAAUAUUGGAGCAAUGUCCAGUUACCUAUUUAUUGUAAAGUCAGAGCUCCCAUUGGUAAUCCAAGCAUUCCUUGGUAAAACAGAGAAUACAGGCGAGUGGUUCUUGAAUGGAAACUAUUUGAUCAUCAUUGUUAGCACUGGCAUCAUCCUUCCAUUAGCUCUCAUGAAACAACUUGGGUAUCUUGGAUACACAAGUGGCUUCUCACUCUCUUGUAUGGUGUUCUUCCUGAUUUCAGUUAUUUACAAGAAGUUCAACAUCCCCUGUCCUCCACCAGAUUAUCACAACACAAGUCACACUCAUACUGCUGUUGCAGAUGAUUUUUGUGAAGCAAAGAUGUUCACUAUCAACUCUCAGGCAACAUAUACCAUCCCCAUUCUGGCAUUUGCUUUUGUCUGCCACCCUGAGGUUCUCCCUAUAUACACUGAGCUCCGAGAAGCCAACCGGAAUCGCAUGCAGAAGGUUGCCAACAUUUCCAUCGUGGCCAUGUUUGUCAUGUACCUGCUCACUGCCAUUUUUGGAUACCUCACUUUUUUCGGAGCGGUGGAGUCUGAGCUGUUGCACACGUACAACCGUGUGAACCCUCUGGAUGCGCUGAUCCUCUGUGUCCGCCUGGCUGUGCUCGUGGCUGUCACUCUCACUGUUCCUGUGGUGCUGUUCCCAAUUCGGAGAGCUGUGCAGCAGAUCUUAUUCCCUGACAAACCAUUCCACUGGGCCAGGCACAUUCUAAUUGCAUUUUCCCUCAUCUUCCUUGUCAACCAGCUUGUAAUCUUUGUGCCCUCUAUUCGUGACAUUUUUGGUAUUAUUGGUGCAACCUCUGCCCCAAGCCUCAUCUUUAUCCUGCCAGGAAUAUUUUACAUCCGUAUUGUCCCUGAAGAGAUGGAGCCGAUGCUCUCAAGAAAAAAGAUUCAGGCGGCGUGCUUUGCUGCACUUGGCUUCAUCUUUAUGAUCAUGAGCUUGUCGUUCAUUAUCAUAGACUGGGUGACUGGGGAAUCCCGGAGUGGAGGCGGACACUGAAGGAACGGUUUCACUGCAAACCAAAGCUCUCCCUGUUUGUAAAUUACCCUUCAACUGCCCAACUAAAGACAAACCUGAAUGCUUGAAACUAUGCACAGACCAAAGAAAAGCAUUAUAAUGUGAAUGUGAGGGCAGAACCGUCCCAUUACAGGGGAGAAGACAUGAGAGACAAAACAAGUUACUAUGACUGAAAGGGGCCUUUAAGAAGCAUUCUAUGAAGGAGGAAUUUGUGUAUCGUGACCCAAGUGGAAAGUUUUAUUUGGAAUUUUGCAUAAAUAUGGUACAGGGCCAGUACUCAGUCUAAUGGAAUAGCUUGGUCACUGCCUGUAGUAUUUAUCUGAGCUACUUCCCCAACAUCUUUACUGAAAGCCAAGUGUAUUUUGUGCUAUUUAAAUGUCACCAUGACCAUUAAUUUUUUACUGUUAAAAUGAAUCAGUGUUUCCUAUUAACAGAAGAGAUUACGGUGGCCCCUCAAACUAAAAAGCUGAGCAACAAAUUGGUGUAUAAGAAUAGACUUUUUGCUUUAAAUGUGCACAAUGUAACUUUUCAGAUGGGUGUAUAGUGUGGCCUAACAAUAUUUCAUACCCCACUUGUAUUUAUUCAAUUCAAGUGUUUAUUGCAAAAAAAGAUUACUUGAAAAACAUUGUUACGUUGAGGUGCUUGUCUCCAUGGGGAUAGAUAAGUUUAAUGCCAUUCUUUGGAACAUUCCAGGCAAAGCAAUAUUGUCUCCAUGGGGACAAGCAGGUGGCAGACCCUUCACCAGAAAAAUGACAUAGUGCACCAUUAAAGUAAGGCAAAAAGUGACCACUUACACCAAAUUUACAUAAAUAAAAUCAACUAAUGAUUGCCUGUGCCACCAUAGUCUCAGCAGAUUUCUAUGGAAAACUCUUGAAAUGUAAAGUUAUACGGUGUACAUUAACAAAAUUAUUGUUAUAUUAUUUAAAACAUGGACUCAAUAUUUGAGGGAACUAUUUAUAACUAUUCCUACUUCUUCAUGUCAUUAAAGGUCCAUUCCUGUAUAAAAGAAAAGAGUUACUGAGGUAUAAAAGCUAAUAUAUUUUUCACAUUUCACACAGAUACAGUGAGGCUGACCAAAGAACUACAUUAAGAAAGAUGCUAAACAUUAUUUCUGAUAUUUUGCAAUGGUCAAAACAAAUAGACACCCAUCCAGUGUUCAAAAUGUCUGACAUGAAAUGUGAGCAAAGUUAUCAUGGAUUUCUAAGUUAAAAUAAUGCAGUCAGCUUUUAAUUUGUGAUGUUGUUGCUUUUCCUGUACAUUUUAAAUUAAUAUUGUCAAUAAAAAUCUUUGUACAAAUGUAUAAUAA